UGUACCUUGUGGGCCUCCAUACAGAAGUAAUUAGACUAACGUGAUUUGUUUACUGCUCAAAGUCUGGCUGGUCCUACUUCAUUGCGUUUAAUCUUCGUCCUGCUUUAGAAAUGUUCUGGUUUCAUCUGUUUUUGUCAUCGAUCCUGGUGUGCCGGGCUACAGUGUGUCCGUGUGAGAGACCGGAGCUAUGUCAGCAGAUCCGCGAGGAGAGAGACUUUGAGGUGUUUGUGUUUGAUGUGGGUGGAAAGACAUGGAAGUCUUACAACUGGAGCAUGGUGACGACAGUGGCAACGUUUGGAAAAUAUGAUGCUGAGCUCAUGUGUUACGCUCACGCAAAAGGAGCACGAGUUGUACUUAAAGGUGACGUUCACCUCUCCUACAUUGUGAAUCAACAUAACAGGACGGCGUGGAUAACCAAGAAGGUCAACUUGGCCAAGAGUCAAUUUAUGGAUGGGAUCAACAUAGACAUCGAACAAGCAGUAGACGAAGGCUCGCCAGAGUAUUAUGCUUUGACAGACCUGGUCAAAGAGACCACUGAGACCUUCCACAGGGAGAUCCCAGGUUCCCAGGUCUCGUUUGACGUUGCCUGGUCACCAAAUUGUAUUGACAAGCGCUGCUAUGAUUACGCUACCAUCGCUGAAUCCUGCGACCUGCUGUUUGUGAUGUCCUAUGAUGAACAGAGCCAGAUCACGGGGGACUGUAUUGCAAUGGCAAAUGCCCCACUCUCUCAAACACUGAAUGGUUAUGCCCAAUUUUUGAGUCUGAAGAUCGAUCCAAAGAAGCUAGUGAUGGGAGUGCCAUGGUACGGCUAUGACUACCCAUGUCUCAACUUUUCCCAGGAGGGAGUAUGUUUUAUAAUCAAAGUUCCUUUCCGUGGAGCCCCCUGCAGUGAUGCAGCUGGAACACAGAAAACCUACAAGUGGAUCAUGAAGCAGGUCAACAGCUCAUUGUCUGGCAGGCUCUGGGACGACAAGCAGCAAGCUCCUUACUUCAAUUACAAGGACCAGAAAGGACAGAUUCAUCAGGUUUGGUAUGAUGACCCACAGAGUAUUUGUCCCAAGGCAGAGUCGGUGAAAUCUAAAGGUAUGAGGGGCAUUGGCAUGUGGAAUGGCAACAUCUUGGACUACAGAGAUGAAGCAGUCGCCAGGCAGCAGUCCGCAAUGAUGUGGAAUGCACUCUUAGGAUGCUAGCUGGGAUACACUUGACACCGCUGCAGAAAUUUACAUCACCCCUCCUGUUUGUUGCUAAGUCAAUAUAUCCCUUUGUAGCAGUAAUGGGGUGUGGCUUCCCUCUGUUCAGGGAUGCAUACUUGCACUUCAGAGUUUAUUGUGUUUUUUUAUUGCUGUUGUCGUUGAAUGUAGUUACAUCUCAGACAUUCCUCUGUGGAAACUGAAAAAGACAACCAAGACAUCUUGUGAUUGACCAAUUUUAAACUUACUGAGAUCUUUGCAGUUUUAUGCUUUUCAUAAAUAAAACAUUUUCUGAUAAA